AUGAAGCACGACGAGAAUGAAUACGUUUCCGAAGACGAUGAGGACUAUAUUCCCGAGAAAGGGGACGACGACGAAGACGUUGAUGAAGGAUCGGGUGAAGAUGAAGCUCCAUUGGAUCCACGAGACGUCAUCAGUGAUGGAGGGCGGGGUACCCGUCGCCGAGGAGGAAAGAAAAAGGAGAAACCAAAAAAAGUAGAAACGGUGAACGAGGAGGAUUGCACGGCCGAUUUUUUGGACGAUCUCUUCCCGACGUUUUCGUAUACGCCGAAUGUUCCGACCUUGAAAACAACAGCAAAUGAAACAAAAGAAGAGAAAGAAGAUAAGAACGUCAACUUUGCUAGCACAUCCACCAAAACUACCACUAUUACCGAAGUUUUCGAUUUCGCCGGCGACGAGGUGAAAAUCGAACGACAAGUGACCGAAGAGGAGCUCAAGAAACACGAAGACAAAGAGAAGAAACUGCAAGACAAAGUACGACCGGUGAAACGAUCGGGAUUAGGCGAUAUGUUGACUGAGCUGACGAAGAAGAAAAAGAUCUCGACUAUUGACAAAUCGAUGCUUGACUGGAACUCAUUCAAGACAGAAAAUGAUUUAGGAGAAGAAUUGAAAACCUUUAACAAAGGAAAAGGUGGUUAUUUGAAACGAAUGGAAUUUUUGCAAGAAGCGGACGCUCGUCAGUUUGAACAAGAGAAGGAAGUGCGGCAUUCAAGGAAACUU